AUUUCCGUUCUGACUCUCAGUUAUGGGGGGAGAAAAUCCGGCGGAGAAAGCCCUAAUUCUUCUGAGGACCAGGCUUUGUGACCCGAAUUUCAUAUUCCGGCCACUUUGUGAAUCUUCCGACUCCAACUACAGCAAGCUCAAGUUUUUGGUGUCGAGUUCGGUAACGGAGGGGUGCAACAACUCAAUUCUGCUUCUGGGUCCUCGUGGUUCUGGGAAAAUCGCUGUAUUGGAUCUUGUGAUUGGUGAUUUGUUACAAGAAUAUCCUGAUUCGAUUACAGUGAUCAGGUUGAGUGGCCUUUUGCAUAGCGAUGAGAAUUGUGCAUUAAAGGAGAUUUCUAGACAGCUAUGUACGGAGCAUCAGUUAUUAUUUUCAAAAAUGGCAUCGUUUGAUGAAAACUCCCAGUUUCUGGUAGCCAUGUUACGGGAAUGCGGGUUAGCACAUAAAACAAUCAUUUUUGUGCUGGAUGAGUUUGACUUAUUUGCUCUGGGAAAACAGCGAUUACUUUAUAAUUUGCUUGAUGCUCUACAGUCAGUGACAUCUCAAGCUGUUGUCAUUGGUGUCAGUUGCCGACUGGAUGCGGAUCAGCUUUUGGAAAAAAGAGUAAUAUCUCGAUUUUCAAAUAGGAAGCUUUUGUUUCUUCCUCCCUCUAAGGAAGACAUACAACGAUUGUUGGAGUACAUUUUAUUAUUGCCAACAGACUCAAGCCUUCCUACAGACUAUGUUGUUGAGUUCAACGCGAAACUUCAAAACAUAUUGGCUGAUGAGAAGUUCAAAGAGAUUAUAAACACAUAUCUAAAUUUUGAUUCCACUGUCAAAGAUUUUUUGAGAUAUCUAUUCCGUGCUGUUUCUAAUAUGGAUCUGCAAUCUGGAAUGCUAUCGCUAGAAAACUUCAAAACUGCACUUUCCAAUAUCCAAAGGCAUCCAAAGAUGGAAUCCAUAAAAGAUUGCUCAAUAUUGGAACUUUAUCUUUUGGUAUGCAUGAAGAGGUUGGAAGUUAAAGAGCAGAACUCAUACAAUUUCACUGCUGUAAUGAAAGAGUACAAAUGCGUACAUGAUUCGUUCCAGACAUCAGACUAUUAUGCAAAGAAUGUGUGCUUGCGGGCAUUUGAACACCUUCUGCAACGUGGACUGAUUGAAUUUAUGGACAACAGAGGGCAAAACCAAUCUGUUGAAUACCGUCCUGUGAAACUUCUAAUCUCAUUUCAGCAACUACAUCAGGGCCUGAAAUCAUAUCGUUCAUGUCCUGCCAUUCUUCAGAAAAUAAUGGAUCGUGAAAAAUAAAGUGGCUGAUGGAUGACCAACGUGGCUGGUUAGCUGCUUCAUAAUUUUGAUGAUUAGAGAGGGCAUG